UGUACCCAAUAAUCCAAUCCAUUUUUGUCACAGAUCUUAAUGCCUUGGCAAUUGCAGAUUGGGCUUUUUUUUCUUGCUUACCAUCCGUAAACAUAGCGCCAUACCCAUAUUUACGGGAUUUUCAGGAAUGCGAGAGUUUGAACUAAGCUGAUCUUCACCCUUUCUGUUGAUUAAAAUCCUUGUGUAGAUUAACGCCCACCUGCACUCCCCCCGGCAGCUACUGUGCUGCACCUUACCUGCACCUCCCCUGACCUGGCCUAGCUUCUUCCACAAGCGCCUGCGCGCGGCGCGCGUGCACUCAAGCCCAGACUCCACCCACCCCCCAUCUGACCCCUCGACCUCCCCCCAUGUCUCUCUCGCCUUCACAUGUCGCCAUGGCAGACGCCGACCUCAAGAGGACAGCCUCUGAGCUAGAUGAGCCCGCGUCUGGAUCGGAGGAUCCUGAAUCGUCGUCGGCACUGUCUUCGCACCCCGCCAAGCGCAGAUAUAUAGACCAGUCCCACGCCGAAGGGACCCAGCCGACUGCUGAUGCGGGCUCCCACACAACCAUCGCCUCAUCGCCAAUCACAGUGGCCAAUGGCCUUUCCAAUCAUCAGCAGCGACAAUUCCAAAAUGGAGAUCCUUCGACGACACAUGCGCCGCCGUUGUCGGGACCUUCGACAAAUCACCUCGAGUCUCCCGGCCGUCUUCAAGUUCCAGAAGCGCUCGACGAAGACCGACUCCGAGGAAUGGAACCCGGAGAUCUCGUACAGACCAUCCUGGAACUACAGUCAGCAUACGAACAUAACAUGAGCAUUGUCUCGGCGCAGUAUGAGGAUGUCUCCAGGCAGUUGGCAGAGAUACGGGCUUGUUUGUCCACCUUGUUAAAGGGAUCGACGGAAAGCCUUGAGGCUGCUUCACGGUGUCUCAAUGCCUCAACUACUAAAUCAACCACUCACACAAAUCCCAGGCUGGUACCGGCCACACCCUUACCUGUGAUACCGGCACACACUGGUCGAAACACAUACAAGCCUGCGAUCCAGCACACAAAGCUUGUCCCACCCGCGACAGAACCCAUAGCCAGACCCUCACCGCCUUUGGUCGCGGCGACACCACUAACGACCCCACUCUCCGUCUCUGCGCGGCCGACCCCUUCGCCUUCAGUCGACGCGUCCUUUCAGCGCAUCAACACGCCGGCUCGCGUAUCACUGAAGCUCAACUUCCCGGCGGACGGCUCCGUGCCCACGGUUGUUAGUUAUAGCACCCUCCAUACUGUCGGGGAGGUGUGGGCUGAGUUCAAGCACGGCUUGGACGGGACGCCUCCGAUAGAAGCCAUUGAGCAGCAGUGGGGUUCGCGGUGGCGUCCCGAUCCCAAAGGCCGGACGUGGUUCAGCAGGCGCAAAAUUGUCUGGGACAAGGUCCGCGAGCUGAUUCACGACGGCCUCUCCGAGGAGGACGCAGUGGCCGAGGUAGACGCCAUGCGCAACGGCAGGAGCGUGCACUGGCUGAUCAACCUCUUGACCAAUGAUCGCAAAGAGAUCAAGGCGAGUUGGAAGGCAGCCGCUGCUGCUGCGAAAGCGGCUAAAGGGAAGAGGUAAUGGGGGUGGGCUAAAGACUUUUGGUCCCUCCCUGGGGUUUUCUUCCCACUUUCCUUUGUUCUGAUACCCUGUUGCUAUAUAAAUAUGCACCAAUGCUAGUGGAAUCUGGUUUUUAUAGUACAUUGCCACUGUACGACUUGUGUUCAAUCUUGGGUCUGUGUUAUUAUCCUUUAUCGUGGGGUAUACCGUUGCUGUUUACAAUUUCGAUCCAUCCAUGGGUGCAGCUAUACAUUACUGUAGACAAGAUUUAUUAUUUUCUUUAUAGAUUAUUCAAACACGGUCAUCUGAAGAAGAA